UAUAGAACUAGUAUACAAACUGUAAAAUUGUUUUAUUUUUAAGAUAUGCUGGAUUGCUAAUAGCAAAGUACAGAAGUACGAAUUAUGCCUGAAGACAGCUAAACUGUCACGAAACCACUUGGCGGACAAACUAUCUAUCAAAAACCUGAAAGCUCGCGAUGACAGCAUAACACAGUUGCAGACGACACUGAAUCAUAAAAUACAGAAAGCAGAAGCAUCAAACCAGAGAUACCAAACUUUGCUGACAAAAGAGAAAAUAACUAGAAAUGCUUUGAAAUUGCUUGAAAGAGAUCUAUUGGACGAUGUACGAUUCAAUUUGGCAGAUCGCAUUCACAGUGGAUUGUUGUCAAUGAAAUAUAUCCUAGCAACUCAAACAAACAUACUCUAUGAAGUACUUCCACAUAUUGACAACUUUGACUGCAGAUUGGCUGCAGAAUCAAUUAUAAAGAAACUAAGCUCCAAAUACCAGUUCAGUUCACCACAGGAAUUUCAAACUGCAAACGGAUUUAAAGUGAAGCUUCCAGAUAUACAAUAUGUUAAUUACAAAUCAGACAUGCAGAUAACGAAAGAAAAACCAUCUGAGCUGACAAAAGAACAACACAAUAACAAUAACAUCGGUUACCAAGACAACCCGUACAAUUUUUUAAGCAACACAUAUGUAAAGACAAAAGACUUGUCAGAGAAAACAAAUGAGUGUUUUGUUAAAAUUAAAGAAGGAAUGAUUGUAAAGUUGAAGGUCGCUACAGACGAGUCAGAAGUUGCCUUUGGUUGGUAUAAGACAAACCCAUGGAACCAAAAGAGAUGGGGAUUCUUUCGCAAAUCUACAGAAAACAUGGACUUAACAUAACCACAGUGGAAAAUGGGCAUAUUUUUAAAUAAUUACAACUACAAGUGUUCUUUGACCAUCUUUCAUUAUUGAGCUGUGGGAGUACAUGUGUAUCGGUCUGUGUGAUUGAGAGAGUAGGAGUAAGUAUGUGAGAGAAUGUAUGUACAAGUUUGAGUGAGUGAGUCGUAUGAAAGAGUGUGUGUAUGUUUUGUUGGGGGGUG